AUGUCGCUAUUGCUAGAAGCAGCAAAGGAGGGCCAAGAUGAUGAAGUGAGAACGUUGAUGGCAACUGGUGCCCCUUUCACCACAGACUGGCUCGGAACAUCACCCCUGCACUUUGCAGCCCAGUAUGGCCAUUACUCCACGGCGGAGGUGCUCCUGCGGGCUGACAUCAGCAGGGACGCCCGGACCAAAGUGGACAGGACCCCUUUGCACAUGGCCGCCGCCGACACACACAUUGUGGAGCUGCUAGUCAGGAACGGCACGGAUGUGAAUGCCAAGGACAUGCUGAAGAUGACAGCUUUGCACUGGGCCACAGAACGCCUCCAUCAAGAUGUUGUCAGGCUGCUUCUCCAAUACGGAGCCAAUGUGCAUGCUUCCAGCAAGUUCGAUAAAUCUGCCUUUGACAUAGCCCUGGAGAAGAACGACGCUGAUAUUCUGGAUCUGCAGGAGGCAAUGCGGAGUUAGGUCAACACUCACCCGGAGAGGGAGAGAGCCAGCCCCAGGACUGUGGCUGCCCCGUUCCUCUUCACCUCAGGAGAAGUGGUCAGCUUGGCUGACAUUGUUCCCUCAGCCAGGGCCAAGAUCGCUGCAGUGAAUACCGAGGAAAUCCCAGAUGGAAAUUUUGUCGACUCCUCAGUCCAGCAUCCGGUGGGAAGUAGCAGCCAAAGGUUCAUCUCCAUAGUCACCAAUGGGGUCCCCCUGGGUAACAUUCAGACCGCAAUCCCCGCUGAAGGCAUCAGCCAGCCCUUUCUGGUCACUAUGCAGAACGGACAGCAAGUUCUCACAGUACCUUCUGGUGUGGUUGCAGAGGAGACUAUAGUUGAAAAAGAGGAAGAAGUAAUGGAGAGUUGGCCACUGACUAAGAAACUGAGGCUCAAAGAGAUGACGAACAGAGGGGAGACUGGCACUGAGAACGAAUCAUUCCAGCGACAGCUCCAGGAGGCCAACAGGAGAGCCCAAGAGUACCGAUACCAGCUCCUGAGGAAAGAGGAGGCAGAACAGUAUCGGCUCCAGCUGGAGGCCAUGGCUCACCAGCAGCCCAAGGGGGUCGACUUCACUGUGGUCGGAGAGAUGUCAGAGGUCACCUCCAUGGUCGUCACAGAGCAGGAAGGAAGCAAGAGAAAUGAGGGAAUGACAGUGGCCAGGACAAGAGGGACCACGGAACCGCACCCUGGAAUUUCCAUGGAGACAGUCUCCUCUUAA